AUGGCGUCGUCCCAGGUUGAAAUUGCUCUAACAUCGCCGUUUGGUUGUGUUCUGAGAAAAUAUAAUCAUCAUCGUGAGAGAUGCAGGGAAAGUACCUCUCGAGUUUCUUCAUCACAAGGAACAACUUUCCACCAGAACAAUAAUGACAGAAGCAGCUUUGUGGUCGGAGAUCAUCAUGUAGCAGCACAAAUGGAUGUUGUUAAGAACAUGAAUAACAGCAACGUAGGAUUGACGAAGAAGGAGAAAGAAAAUCAAUCCUCAUCCUCGUCGAAUAACAACAACAACGACCCUAAUAGGCAAUCACAAAUUCUGGAUCGAUGGGCUGCAAGAAAAGCUAAAGAAAUGGUAUCAACAAUUGAGACAGAAGCUGAACUUUUGGAGAAUCUGGGUAAUUCUUCUUCAACUUCUUCAUUAUCGUCAUUAUCAGAAACAACAUUGAAUAAUCGUGGAGCUUCGUCUCUUGUUCAAAUAUGGGAAAAGAGGUUGAAUAACCUGAACCACCAAUCACUAAAGUGCAAUACAACAUCAAGCAGAACGUCAUCGCUUGGGUCAUCAGAUGUUGGGGAACUCAUGGAUGAAUCAUCAUCAUCAUCAUUGUACUCAGAUUGGGUAGGAGCAACAAGUACUGAUACAAACGAAGCUGCAUCAUCAUGUUCAACCCCAAAGGUGGCAGAUAUUAUCAAGAGAUUGAAGGAGAAUAAAUAUGGAGAUCAACAAGGACAACACACAAGCGUGGUGCUUCAUCAUGUGGCGAGUUCGCCUCGCUUUCGAGGCCGUCGAGCACUCACAGAUUUGCUUAUGCAGAUGGAACGUGACAGACAUGGAGAGCUCAAUAAUUUGGCUCAGCUUGCACCUGUUUCCAACUUUUCACAAAGAGGUCGAGGUCGUAUUCAGUCACUCUUGCGGCUUAGAUUAUUAAAACGACACCAUGAAUCAACAACAUAUGAAAAGAAGAGACAACCAAAAGGGUCCACAAUUAUGCACCUAAGGGAAAGAUUUAAUGUAGAAGUAAAACAAGGAAGUACAACUCAGCCAGAAAAAGAUAAUUCAAGAAAUACCCACCUUAAUCAACCCGAAAGCCCUAUUCCUGUUCAUAACCCCAUCGGCGAGCACAGGUCGAACCCGAUCGGGUCAGACCCGGAGGUCAACAUGACAAAUGGCUGCCAAAAUGACAAUGAUGACGAUGCAUAUGAUCACACAGAAGCAUGUGCUCAUAAACCAGAAGAAGAAGAAGCCAGUGCAAGUUCAGAAACAGUAUGCUUGGAGGCUCAGGACAAUAUUGCAUCACAUGAAGUUGGCGAGACAAGAACUUGCUAUAUGGUUGAAUCAGAUGCAAAUCAUGAGACAAAAGAAGAAGCAGAGCUGGCAGAGGUAAAGCAGGAUCAUAGUGCUGAAACCGAAAUCAAUUAUGUGGAUAAUGGAACAAUAACGAAUACUGAAGAUCAAGAUGAACAUGCAAGUGAUGAAGGGGAAGAUUAUGAUGAUGUUGAUGAUGAUGACCGUAAUGAUGACGACGAACAUUAUUAUGAUUGGAUCAGUCCUAUUGCUCGCCCAAGAAGUUACUGGGAAGAUCGUAGACAAGCCUGGUACAAGGAGAUGCUUGACACUGCUUCCUCUGAUAAAAGAGAGAUACGUCAACUUCUUGAACGAAGAACAGUUUCAACUUUCCUUUCAAGUGACUUCAGAGAGAGAGUGGACAAAUUGAUGGAAUACCACAUAGGUUCACAAACACAUUUUAUCAGUAGCCAAGAAGAUGAUGAAGACAAUGGAGGAAGAAUGGGCCAACUAGUGUCAUUUUUGGAACAACAUAUACAGCGCCAUGGUCAUAACCUAGAAGAAGCUGAAAAACAAGAAGAGGCACAAAAGGAGGAGGAGGAGGAGGAAGAAGAAGAGAGGUUGAGUAAUAACAAUGGAGGUUAUAAUGAAACCAGUGAUGAUGGCAAUCAAUCAUCAUCGUCAUCAUCAUCAACAAACAAUCUUAUUUCCUCUUCUCCAAAUAUGUCAUCAUGGAGCUAUAGAGACAACGAAGCCGCCAGUGAUGAUUCUGAAGACAGAGUUGAUGAGUCUACUACAUCAUCUUCAACACAGCCUUCUCAAUCUCCUACUCGCCAGUGCAUUAAUCCUCAUUCAGUGGAAAUGGAUCUGAUAUGUGAUAUGAGAGGGCAAAUGGAGCAACUAUACAGAGAAAUGGCUGAGAUUAGAAAAUCACUAAAGACCUGCAUAGAUAUGCAGAUGAUGCUACAAAAAUCAAUGAAACGCGAUGUUAACACAGCACUUAGAGAAAAGAAGAAGAAGAGGAAGAGCAAUGAUCAGAAGGCACCAAAGAAAGGCAACUGUUGUAUCUGCUAUGAGAAGAAAGUCGACUCACUUUUAUACAGAUGUGGGCACAUGUGUGCGUGUAUGAACUGUGCAAAUGAGUUGCAAUGGAACAGCGGCAAGUGUCCAAUAUGUCGAGCUCCAAUAGCUGAUGUUGUGAGAGUUUAUGUGGAUGCAUAG